CCAACGAGCUGCCCGCCCUAUGCAACACCCCUCGCAGUGGCAGUGCAAAGCCGCCAGCAGCAGCAGCACUCCAUCACAUCAGGCAGCCACGGAGGGCAGUUUGACGCCCAUGAGCCAACGAGCUGCCCGCCCCACACAACACCCCUCGCAGUGGCAGUGCAAAGCCGCCAGCAGGAGCAGCACUCCAUCACAUCAGGCAGCCACGGAGGGCAGUUUGACGCCCAUGAGCCAACGAGCUGCCCGCCCCACGCAACACCCCUCGCAGUGGCAGUGCAAAGACGCCAGCAGCAGCAGCACUCCAUCACAUCAGGCAGCCACGGAGGGCAGUUUGACGCCCAUGAGCCAACGAGCUGCCCACCCCACGCAACACCCCUCGCAGUGGCAGUGCAAAGCCGCCAGCAGCAGCAGCACUUCAUCACAUCAGGCAGCCACGGAGGGCAGUUUGACGCCCAUGAGCCAACGAGCUGCCCGCCCCACGCAACACCCCUCGCAGUGGCAGUGCAAAGCCGCCAGCAGGAGCAGCACUCCAUCACAUCAGGCAGCCACGGAGGGCAGUUUGACACCCAUGAGCCAACGAGCUGCCCGCCCCACGCAACACCCCUCGCAGUGGCAGUGCAAAGCCGCCAGCAGCAGCAGCACUCCAUCACAUCAGGCAGCCACGGAGGGCAGUUUGACGCCCAUGAGCCAACGAGCUGCCCGCCCCACGCAACACCCCUCGCAGUGGAAGUGCAAAGCCUCCAGCAGCAGCAGCACUCCAUCACAUCAGGCAGCCACGGAGGGCAGUUUCGCGCCCAUGGGCCAACGAGCUGCCCGCCCCACGCAACACCCCUCGCAGUGGCAGUGCAAAACCGCCAGCAGCAGCAGCACUCCAUCGCAUCAGGCAGCCACGGAGGGCAGUUUGACGCCCAUGAGCCAACGAGCUGCCCGCCCUAUGCAACACCCCUCGCAGUGGCAGUGCAAAGCCGCCAGCAGGAGCAGCACUCCAUCACAUCAGGCAGCCACGGAGGGCAGUUUGACGCCCAUGAGCCAACGAGCUGCCCGCCCCACACAACACCCCUCGCAGUGGCAGUGCAAAGCCGCCAGCAGCAGCAGCAGCACUCCAUCACAUCAGGCAGCCACGGAGGGCAGUUUGACGCCCAUGAGCCAACGAGCUGCCCGCCCCACGCAACACCCCUCGCAGUGGCAGUGCAAAGCCGCCAGCAGCAGCAGCACUCCAUCACAUCAGGCAGCCACGGAGGGCAGUUUCGCGCCCAUGAGCCAACGAGCUGCCCGCCCCACGCAACACCCCUCGCAGUGGCAGUGCAAAGCCGCCAGCAGCAGCAGCACUCCAUCACAUCAGGCAGCCACGGAGGGCAGUUUGACACCCAUGACCCAACGAGCUGCCCGCCCCACGCAACACCCCUCGCAGUGGCAGUGCAAAGUCGCCAGCAGCAGCAGCACUCCAUCACAUCAGGCAGCCACGGAGGGCAGUUUGACGCCCAUGAGCCAACGAGCUGCCCGCCCCACGCAACACCCCUCGCAGUGGCAGUGCAAAGCCGCCAGCAGGAGCAGCACUCCAUCACAUCAGGCAGCCACGGAGGGCAGUUUGACGCCCAUGAGCCAACGAGCUGCCCGCCCCACGCAACACCCCUCGCAGUGGCAGUGCAAAGCCGCCAGCAGCAGCAGCACUCCAUAACAUCAGGCAGCCACGGAGGGCAGUUUGACGCCCAUGAGCCAACGAGCUGCCCGCCCCACACAACACCCCUCGCAGUGGCAGUGCAAAGCCGCCAGCAGCAGCAGCACUCCAUCACAUCAGGCAGCCACGGAGGGCAGUUUCGCGCCCAUGAGCCAACGAGCUGCCCGCCCCACGCAACACCCCUCGCAGUGGCAGUGCAAAGCCGCCAGCAGGAGCAGCACUCCAUCACAUCAGGCAGCCACGGAGGGCAGUUUGACACCCAUGAGCCAACGAGCUGCCUGCCCCACGCAACACCCCUCGCAGUGGCAGUGCAAAGUCGCCAGCAGCAGCAGCACUCCAUCACAUCAGGCAGCCACGGAGGGCAGUUUGACGCCCAUGAGCCAACGAUCUGCUCGCCCCAUGCAACACCCCUCGCAGUGGCAGUGCAAAGCCGCCAGCAGGAGCAGCACUCCAUCACAUCAGGCAGCCACGGAGGGCAGUUUGACGCCCAUGAGCCAACGAGCUGCCCGCCCCACGCAACACCCCUCACAGUGGUAGUGCAAAGCCGCCAGCAGCAGCAGCACUCCAUCACAUCAGGCAGCCACGGAGGGCAGUUUGACGCCCAUGAGCCAACGAGCUGCCCGCCCCACGCAACACCCCUCGCAGUGGCAGUGCAAAGCCGCCAGCAGCAGCAGCACUCCAUCACAUCAGGCAGCCACGGAGGGCAGUUUGACGCCCAUGAGCCAAAAAUAAGGCAAUUCGUUGGAUAG